AUGUCCAUCACGUCGGACCUGCCCCUACAGGGAACUUUCCCUUCGAAGCAUACCUCUUUCACUCGAGCAUUUCUCGACUACACUUCGACAUAUGGAGAGAAGAGCUGCCACUUGAUAGAUCCAUAUACGGGGGAGAAGCUCACGUUUUCGGAAUUACACUCCGCUGUGGAACAGGUUCGCCUACAACUUGUUGGAAUCAGUAAGGGCAGUGUGAUCGCUGCUGUAUGCGGAAAUUCGAUCUCAGUUCUUCUCACCUACUUAGCUGCGAUUGAUCUUGGUAUCGUAAUUAUGCCUGUGAAUCCAGCGUCAAAACAUUGUGAGUUGCAGAUAUUUCGAAAAAUUCAGAGGAAUUCUUUGGCACUCAGAUUCCCCACCGAAGUUGAUUCAACUUUUCAUCGGACUUUGAAUGGAGACGUGAAGAUUAUUGAUAGGGUUUGGAACGCGUUUAGUAGCCUUAGCAAAUUUUUGCAGCUCGAUAUGGCUUUAAGUCGCUCUCCAAGGUGGUUUGACUAUCCUUGCGCGUAUAUCGCAACCAUUUAG